CUUAAAAUAGAGUAGAAAGAAUAUACUUUGUAUUAAAAGAAAAAAAUGCUGAGUAAUAUAGUGCCAGUAGCACUGAACACAGUGGCUAUAAUUUUGCAGACAAAAUGCCCUUUCAGUAGUAAAUAUUACAUGAUAUUACAAAAUAUUACAAUUUUGCCCGAAGUGUACAGUGUAACUUAAUGCUGUACAAUUCAGUGGUACUAGAUCAUUCUUAUCUGGAAUCUGCAGUAACUGCCUCGAAAACAAUGCAGUGUUAAUACUGCGAAAGGGCGGCGGCGUUUUAUAGAUCAGCAAAAAUAUGUUAGAGAGGUACAGCACCGUUUUAGGAGUCAAUAGACUGGAUGUUUUUGUAUUAAAAAUACAGUUUGGUAUACAUUUACUGGACUACGCGGACUGCCACGUAAAUAUUACAAAUGUAUUGGUUGGCACAAAAAAAAAAGAAAAAAAAAUCUACGUUUGAAAUGUCUUGCAGUUUUCAACAGUAAAAACUACAACUCCCACCUCCACAACUGUGAAACAACAUUUUACACCAGUGCUGGCUGAUUUUACGUAAGGAAGAAAGACAGCUUUACGGCUACAGUGGGACACUACAGCAAAUUGUGUCUUGUGGCAGAGUCUAUAGAUUAAGAUUGUAUUAGAUUGACUUUGACUAGCAGGUGCGGGUUGUUGACGAAUGGAGAAUUACCGCAAGACUCGUACGGUGGAGCUGCCCUGCCCCCCUCCCUUCACAGGGCUUCCCCCCGAAACUCCCGAGGUGAAGGUGAAGGACGGCAGCAAGAUCCGCAACCUGAUGGGCUUUGCUAUCGGGCGCAUGGAGAGCGAUACGGCACGGCACAUCCUAUUCAGCGGCACCGGCAAGGCUGUGGCCAAGACCAUCUCCUGCGUGGAGAUCAUGAAGCGACGCGUCAAGGGGCUGCACCAGCUCACCCGGCUGCUCUACCGACACAUAGAAGAGCACUGGGAACCACUUGUACCCGAGGCUGGCCUCGACACCCUCACCGUCAAGAGGAAUGUGCCCGCCAUCUGGGUGCUGCUCUCCAAGGACCCCCUGGACACAGCUGAGCCAGGCUACCAGGCGCCAGGCUGCUUCGAUAAGCUCUGGGCACAGGCUGUCGAUGGGGAAGCGGGCCAGCAGGGGCAGAGGAGAAAAAGACAGGGAGGUGGGACAGGUGGGGGAGGAGGCAGAGGGAAAGGGGGUAAAUCCUCCACACCCAACAGGGGCAGCCAAAGAAAUGCUCUCAAGAGUCCCCAGAGUGGAGGGGCCCCACAGGAAUAGUGGUCCCUCUCUUACCAGUCGGGGAAAUCUGUUGAACGAAGGGGUUAUGCUUUGCCAUGCACAGGAUUUAGGACAGUGGUUUGUUAAAGGAUUUGAGUUCUGCUAAAGUGGGUUCCCUGCAGCUAUAGUGUAAUCCAGUCCUUUUUUGACUGGCAGCAGGUAGCUUAGACCAGGAAUGUUCUUCAGGUUGUAUGGGACGUGCACGUGGAGUGUGUGUAUCUGUUAUCCUCCAACACUAGCAAUCCUACAUUUCUUUGGUAAGGAGUUUUGGGAAUGACCCAGUAAAACCAUAAUAUCAAAAGCAUUGAGACUGCACUGACUAUUUUGCCUCACUUGUGGCCGGAGUAAAUUGAGGCAUUCCGUAGAUCAGAACAGAUCAGGAACCAGAGUUACAGUUCGGUCUUUGGCUGAUCAGUGUAAAUGUGAUUGGACUGCACUUAACUAUCUCAUGUAUGUAUUUUUCUACAGUGUUGCUUUGUUUGUCUUGUUGCCAUUUUAUUAUUAGCUGUAUAGGAAAUUUCAGAACAGGGAGACCUAAAACUAUUCAUGUCAUUUUACAGUAAGCGAAAACACCCUACAUAAGAGUUACUGGAAGGUUUAUUUGUUAUUGGUCAAGGUGUGGCUUUGCUUUAUUUUUUAUUAUUGUAUUUUAUUUUUUUGUAGCACUUUGGGCUUCUUUUUUCUUUCCUUCCUUUUUUCUCCUUGAGAUCUACAGGAUGCAUUUUUAAACUAAUCAGAUUUAUUAACAUGCAGUUUGUAAUGUAUAUUACACUAUUUGAAUAACUUUAUACACACUGUUAUCAUACUCGGGUGAGCUGUUCUGAAGGUAUUUCAUUAGCUCAAAAAUAAAUCAUAAAUUCAGCCAGAAAUAAAUCACUAUAGAUUAAACUGAAUUAGAUUAUGACACACUAAAGAGUUUAUGUAAAGAUUGUCCACACCAAGUUAAAGCACGAUAGGAAGGCGUGCUCUCCAAGGUUAAAGCUAAAAAUGUAAGUGAGUCUGCAGUCAAUGUGGGUUGACCACAAGGAAUAGAAACAGAAAUAUCCCACUCCUGAACCAAACAACCUAAUUUGAACUCACAAAGUGGUCUCACAAAGGCAGUAGCUUUCACUGAAACUUUGUUUUCCUGUCCCUGCACUCUGUUUAAUCAACAGGUGAAUUUUCUUUGACAUCAUUGUUUAUUUUUUUUAUUUUUAAGGCGAACACUGGUUGCAAUUGGAUUGCUGUAUUUUAUUCAACUGCAGGGUGUGUGCGUGUUAAUUACAUAAUAAACAAAAAAUAC